AUGUCCGCGCCAGCAUUCUCCUCCCAUUAUGCUCAUGCAGCUGGGGCAGCCAACUCCCCUUUGCGACGACAGCGCGACGCGGAGGACGACCUCGAAGAUGAGGAGCACCGUCGGCUGACAGAAGCGAGCAUCAACGCUUUCCUGGAGGAAGAAAACGUGCCGGCGAGCAGCAGAAUCACUAUGGAAGACAUCACGACGGCGCUUGUGCUGCUGAGCAACUCGGUAGCCACGGCGUCGGCUAGUUUUGUGGCCAAGGUCGCCCUGCUUCGGCUAGACUGCUUAGCAGCUGUGGAGGGGGAACUGCGAACGGAAGUGGCUCACUCCAGCUUACCGAAGGCGAGUGUCACUGCUGAUGAAUCCCCGUUGCAGCGUCCAGCCCGUAUGAGCGUCUUUGGGUGGCUGCGCCACAUCUACAAGGAAGAGGGCAGCGCAUCUGGCUUCUUACGUGGCGGUAAAGCAGAGCUCGGCUUUGUGCUAGCGACCUUUGUUGAGGAGGCUCUGCUUGUUGCCGCCCUGCGUAGCCUGAUGAAGCGCCUUGGCCCGUUGAUGCUCAGCAAAAGCGGUCGAGCUGGUGGUGCGGCGGCGUCGUGGUGGAUGAGACUAUCGCUGACAGUGGCACCCACGCUCGUCCUGAGUCUUCUCUCGUGGCCGCUGCGCACGGUGCGGACGACGAUUCGAGUAAACUACAUGGCGGACACGACCCUACCUGUCUGCCAACCUUCCCGGCAGUCCUCACAACAACAGGAAGAGAGGCAGCAGCGACGACCAUACCGCUACGCGAGCGCUACUGAAGUGUGGAAAUGCGUCCUCCCUCAGAUGGGAAUUCGCAGCCUUCUCAUGAACGGACUUGAUGUCGAUCUCGCUAACCGCGUCUUGUCACUUGGACUCGCGUGGACAGUGGUGCAGCCGGCGUCGCGGUGGAUGCGGUAUGCAGCGGUGAUGAACGCUUCGACCGCCGGCGCAGCGUCCGUGCGGUCGGUGCUACUGCGUCUUAGGAAGAACCGCCUCUUUGCUUGGGGGUUACUGCUGGCGGUUGCCGGAUUGGUCAACGCCCUGCAGCGUCCGUUUGUCGUUCUUCGGCAGCGCAUGGCGUUGCUGCCCGCCGUAGAUGCAGAGAAUGUGGGCAAUGACAGCGAUGCCCAGUUUCAGACUUCCACCACUGUGCGCCGUGGGUGCCGCUAUGCAACCGGCUGGGACUGCGCCGUGCAGGUAUGGCGUCGCGAAGGAGUGGCCGGCUUGUUCGCUGGGUUGCCGCUCUGCCUGCUCACGAGCUCGGUGGUGCCGCUGCUACGAACCUUCGCUGGCUACCCAGCCAUCCCAUCCUUCUCUGGUGCUGUGGUGUAG